AUGACGAGUUCGGUGAAAAAGCAGACGUCUUGCACAAGUGUCGAUACUGUCAACGAACGAGCCCAGGCUUUGGCUUUAUUAGAUGCAGGAUUAAGUGUGAAGGAUGUGGCUAAACAACUGUGUAAAAGUGAGCGAUGGGUAACAAAGUGGAGACGCAGGCGAGAGCAAAAUAAACAGCUCACCGACCAACCGAGAUCGGGCCGACCGUCGAAGAUAGUAGGCGUAGUAAAAAGGAAAGUCGAGAACAUAAAAUACAAAAGAGGAAAAUCAACAAGAAAAUGCAGCAAGGAACUCAAGAACUCGGGCUUUAAUGUGAGUCAUGUGACUGUGUUUAAUUAUUUACGAAAAGUAAAAAAAUGGAAGGCAUUUAAGCGAUCAAGAAAUCAGCUUCUGACGAAAACACAACGACAAAAAAGAUUGAAAUUUGCUCGUGAUCACAAACACUUGACAGCUGAAGACUGGGAGAACUACAUCUUCAGUGACGAAUCUUCAAAAUAUUUGUUUCAUGUUCCGAACCGACAAGACGAUGUUGUGUGGGGGUCCCAGUCGGAUGAGGUACCCGACGUCAGCUGCGUCAAGUCAAGCGCCAAAGUCAUGAUCUGGGGUGCAAUGGGAGUAAACGGUUUGUCAAAGCUACACAUUGUUCCAUCCGGCAAAACUAUAAAUGCAAAAUAUUAUGUGGAUAAAAUUCUUCAAAAAGAACUUAAACCUGCACUGAAUCGACAAAAAAACACUGGCAGGAUUGAUGAACGAAAGUUGAUUCAAUAUCUAGGACACGCUACGUUUGUUCAAGAUGGUGCGACACCUCACACUGCCCUAGUAACACGAAUUGGUGUAAAGAUAAUUUACCAAACUUUAUUUCGAAAGAAGAAUGGCCGGGCAAUUCCCCUGAUCUAA